AAUUUCCUAUUCAUUCAAUCAUCCACCUUCCAUCACGAUGGCCACACCUUUGGCAGGAAAGUUAGCGCUAGUGACCGGUGCCGGUUCUGGAAUUGGACGUGCGACAAGCAAACUGUUGGUCCGGGAUGGUGCGAUCGUUGUCGCUGUCGAUCGGAAUGUACAGGCGGCACAGGAAACAGUAUCGUCCCUUGCGGGCGAUAAUGUCGCGUACGAAAUGGAUGUCUCGUCCGGGGAAAGUAUCGAUGCCGUACUGAAGGAAGUGGUCGGACGGUACAAAAAACCACCCACAAUAGUGGUCAACUCGGCUGGCAUUACGCGUGAUAAUUUUCUGCUCAAAAUGCCGGAAUCCGAUUUCGAAGCAGUGAUUAAUGUGAACCUGAAGGGUACUUGGUUGAUGCUGCAACGUUUCGGACGUGCCAUGAUCGAGCACGAACUGGCCGGAUCGAUGGUGAACGUUUCGUCGAUCGUGGCACGCACCGGGAACAUCGGUCAGUCAAACUAUUCGCCCAGCAAGGCCGGUGUCGAAGCGAUGACCAAGGUGGUGGCACGCGAAUUUGGACGCUACAAUAUACGGGUGAAUGCGAUCGUGCCGGGAUUUAUCCACACACCAAUGACGGGCACCGUACCGCAGAAGGUGAAGGAUAUGAUCAUUAUGCAGUGUGCCUUGCGGCGAUUCGGUAUUCCCGAAGAAAUUGCCGAAGUAGCGGCCUUUCUGGCGUCGGAUAAAAGCAGCUACGUAAACGGAACUUCAAUCGAGGUGACGGGUGGAUAGGAAAUUG